GCGGCAGCGCACGCCUCAGUUUCCGGCAGUGUCAUGGCGGCCUACGCGGGUGGGUUUCAAAGCGUAGGCAGUAUCGAGGAGAAAAGAGAAUUAAAGCGCAAAGCGCGUGAGGAAAUCCUACAAAAGGCCAAGCAUAAGUAUGAGGAAAAGGAGCGGAGAGAGGAACAGAGGAAGGCUCGAGGUGAAGACACCUGGAUGCUCCCAGAUGUUGAGCAGCGACUGCAGCAGAUCAGUGAGGACCUUUCUGUGAAAAGCAAAAAGAAGAAAAAGGAGAAAUCCAAAAAAAAGAAGAAGGAGAAGAAGAAGAAAGAGAAGAAAGAGAAGCUGAAGUCUCAGGGAGAUCGCUCGUCCGAUAGCUCCGAGGACUCUGAUGGUUGGGUGGAGGCUCCGUCCAUAACUGGAAGUGUGGAUAAAGCAUGGAAGGUCUCGGACCAGGCUCAGACCGCGAGCACCUCGACCAAUAGUGGCCAACAGAGAGACGAGUGGAUGACCUUUGACUUCCUGGCCCUGAAGACGACAUCGGUUGCCGAGCAACGAGCCCAGAAGGAGCUGGAGAAAGAGGCGGAGCGGGAAAAAGCACAACAGCUCGAACAGGCUGGCCUUCACAGAUUGGAGCUGAAUCCCUAUUGGAAGAAUGGAGGGAGUGGACUGCCCCCGGAGGAAGGCGCUGGAACUGCAGCUACUAAAGCGGGCGUGGUGGAUGAUGGGGGACGGGGCUGGCUCAUGAAGUCGUAUCAGAGGAUGAAGGAGCAGGCAGAGAGAGAGCAGCGCAACCUGGACGAUGUUGUGGCUGAGAGAUAUGGGUCAAUGAAGCAGUUUCAAAAGCGACUAAAGGAAGCAGAGGAGGCUGCCUUCCGACAGAGGGGAGACGCGGGAGACACGGGGAGGAAAGGAGGAACAGAAAGAGGGAGACAGGGUUGGAGGAGAGAGACAGACGAAGAGAGAGACAGGGACAGAGAGAGGCAUAGGGAAAGACAGGGGGACAUGGGUAGAGACCGGUGGACAGACAGGGGCCGGGAGCGAGACAGGGAUAGACAGCGGGAUAGAAAUGAAGACAGGGACAGAAACCGAGACAGAAAGGAAGACAGGGACAGAGAGCGAGACAGAAAGGAAGACAGGGACAGAGAGCGAGACAGAAAAGAAGACAGGGACAGAGAGCGAGAGAGAAACGAAGACAGUAACAGAGAGCGAGACAGAAAAGAAGACCAGGACAGAGAGAACGACAUGGAUAGACAAAAGGACAUGACGAGAGACAGAAGAACGGUGACGGAAAGAGGACGUUUCCUCAAACCUUCCGACUCUGAUGACUUCCUCCCUCUGGAGGCGGGCUUCAGGAGGCCUGGAUUGACAGCCUCCUCAUCCAAUCGGAGCUCAGGAAAGUUCCUAAAACCUGGGGAUGAUGAUGAUGGUGCUGACGACGUUCCAGCAUGGAGGAAGAAAAUGGAGAAGACAGAUGGAGUGAAAAAGAAGGAGGAGUCAGGGACACAGAAGAGCGAGGAAGAGAGGAGGACCACACCAGUGGAGAAGAGCAGUUCAGAGAGCGAGGACGAGGAGGAAGAAGAGGAAGUGCGUCUCCUGACAGAUGAGGAGAUGAAUAAACUCGGAGCGAAACUCCUCAAGGCCGAGCUCAUGGGCAAUACGGCCCUAAUGGACUCUCUGAAGGCUCAGCUGGAAGCGGCGCGGAAAGCGAGAGAGAAUCACGCCAACAAACCCAAACAGGAGAGAGUGUCUGUGCGAGAGGAGGCGGAGCAAGAAGUGGUCUUGUUCAGGACUGACCAAUCGGGACGCUCGUGGCCGGUGAGCGGCCCCUCCGGGCCCGUGGAGCCCAAGGGAGGGAGGAGGAAGAAGAAAGCGAUCGAGACCCACGUCUCCGGCGAGCGCGUACGUUACUUUGCAGACGACGACAGUUUGGAUCUGAAGGAGAUGGUGCGCCGGGAGAAGAUGACCUCGGCUCAGGAUCAGAACGCACUCUACUCACGGAUGGCUGCCAAGAUGAUGGGCAAGCAGGAUGGCGAUAACUACACACUGGACGACAUGUUCGUAUCCAGCGCAGCUCAGAGAGAAAGGGAGGGGCUCGACGACGAGAGAGCGAGAACCCGGGCGAUGGGAGAGGGGCGGAGCCUUGCCGCACGAAUGGAUAAAUGCCCGUUCUGCUUCACCAACGCCGAGCUGCCCAAACACCUGGUGGUGGCUAUCGGGGCAAAGGUGUAUCUUUGUCUUCCUAACAGUGUCUCUCUGGCUGAGGGACACUGUCUAAUCGCUCCACUGCAGCACCACUGCUGCUCAACUGGCCUCGAUGAGGACGUGUGGAAUGAAGUACAAAUGUUCCGCAAGUCAUUGGUUCAGAUGUUUGAUUCCCUUGAGCUCGACUGCGUGUUUUUGGAAACUCACAUGAACCCUAAGAAGCGCAUGCAUAUGCUGUACGAGUGUAUCCCACUGCCACGGGAGCUUGGCGAUAUGGCACCCAUCUACUUCAAGAAAGCAAUCAUGGAGUGUGAUGAGGAGUGGGCAAUGAAUAAGAAGGUGGUGGAUCUGGCAUCCAAGAACAUCAGACAGGCUGUUCCUCGUGGUUUGCCGUACUUCUCUGUUGAUUUUGGGUUGCAGGGAGGUUUCGCUCACGUCAUUGAAAAUCAGGACAAGUUUCCAUAUUACUUUGGGAAAGAAGUCCUCGGCGGUAUGUUAGACUUGGAGCCAAGACGAUGGAGAAAGCCGAUCAGAGAGAACUUUGACGAUCAGCGUAAGAAGGUCCUUCAGUUCUCUCAGUGGUGGAAACCCUUCGACUGCACCAAGAGCCAAUAAGAGAUCUGCAUGCGUUAUUAAGCGGGGUCAGGCUCUGUGUCUGAGCUCCGAAUACACAGCAAAGGAGUCUGUUGAAGAUUGUCUUGUUUAUAAACUAUAUAAUAACAUAAACUCUGUAUUGUUGAGAUGGAACAUUAAAGUUUUGUUGAUUUUUAUAAAUGUA